UUCCAUCCAAAUCUAAUUUUGUUAAACUGUGUUAACACCAUGGGAAGAUCACCUUGCUGUGAGAAAACUGGGCUCAAAAAAGGGCCAUGGACACCCGAAGAAGAUCAGAAAUUGAUCGAUUAUAUCCAAAAACACGGCUAUGGCAAUUGGAGAACAUUGCCGAAGAAUGCAGGGCUUCAACGGUGUGGAAAGAGUUGCCGUCUUCGAUGGACUAAUUACUUGAGACCUGAUAUCAAGAGAGGGAGGUUUUCUUUGGAGGAGGAAGAAACGAUUAUUCAGCUCCACAGUGUACUGGGCAACAAGUGGUCUGCCAUAGCUGCUCGGUUGCCUGGAAGAACAGACAACGAAAUAAAGAACUACUGGAACACACACAUUCGGAAGAGGCUUCUCCGAAUGGGGAUCGAUCCGGUGACACAUAGUCCUCGGCUCGAUCUUCUUGACCUUUCCUGGAUCUUAAGUUCUUCUCUUUACAGCCAGUCUCAGAUGAACAUGUCGAGGUUACUCGGAGCUCAAUCCUUAGUUAACCCUGAGAUUCUAAGGCUAGCCAGUUCUCUCAUGCCAUCUCAACGUGAAAACCAAAACCAAAGCCCAGAUUUUGUUUUUCAAGAUAUUGAAGAAAACCAAGUCCAAAACAAAUAUGAUCCGCCAUUGACGCAAGUCCAAGGAAUCCCACCAGCUUGCACCUCGUUGAAUACUCCUCCUUGUACUAGUAUUCCAUUUUCAAAUAACGAAGCGCAGUUGAUGAUGAACCUUAACGUAGAUCAGUUCCAAUCAAAAGUUGCAGACUUCAGCGGCUGGCAGCAAGAUUUGACUGACGAUUACGUGCCGUUACCGGCAAACUACAACAACUAUUACGUCUCCGAUCCGAGCUUCAGCUUUGUGUCGGUUCUAUCGACGCCUUCUUCGAGUCCGACGCCAUUGAAUUCGAACUCAAUGUACUUCAACAGUAGCAGCACCGAAGACGAAAGAGAAAGCUAUAGCAGUAAUAUUUACAAGUUUGAUCAGAUCCCGGAUAUUUUUGAUCAGGUUCAAUGUGGGGUUGUUGAUAUUAUUUAA